GGGUGGGGGUGGGCGGCAUUUGCCCCACUUCAGACUUCUAUAAUUAGAGCCCAAGGAAGCCAGAGAGAGAAAGCAUGUUAAUAUUUUAAUUUGGGGGCUCUCCAGCAAGGCCCCCCCCCCCCCCCCCCCCCCCCCUCCUGUGGCUGUGUCCCCCACAGACUGCAGGUCAGCAGAGAGAGUUAGUGUCCUGUGGUACAUCCCUGUGGUCUAAGACUGGAUGACCUAUACGAAUCCUUUCAGUAACUUGAUCUGUUCUCGUCUGGCAUAAAGGAUCCUGUAGGCUGUUUCCAAAACAAUGCUCACACGACGCUAAGCAAUCCACGCGACGAGGUUCCGCACAGGCUCAAGCAGCGUAAACACACACGGCUGUCAGAAGAACCCACCCACCCAUUUCACUCAUUACAGAAGCUCACAGCCUUCCCCCCCCCCUCCCAGAGGAAACAAUGAUGUUUAUUGCAUUUAGUCAUUUAGCAGACGCUCUUAUCCAGAGGCAAGAUUAUUGGAGGCAAAGGUUCACCUGUGCUUAUCUGCUGGUUGAUAAGUCACUGCUGGAGCAGGUGGAGGGUUCAGUCCGGUGGAUAUGCAGUGUUGAGUGUAGUCAGGAGGGUGAAAGGACAUCAGCAUGUAGUCUGAGGUGGAACCGUGGUCGUUAAGGGGGGGGGAAGAUGGCGGCCGGCUACCACCGUUGUGUGUCGAUGGAAUACGCUGCUAGCGUUGGCAUGCAGCAACACACAGAAGAAUAUGUAUUCUUCCCCGAAGGUAAGAGGUGUGUGUGUGUGGUUGUGUUGAGGGAAGGGCUCACGUGUCACUUCCUGUCAGGGUGUACACUUACAUGGUGUUUGGGUCUGAGUGUGCGUGUGCUGUGGGUAUACAGUUGUGGUGUGUGUGUGUGUGUGCAGGCACACUGAUGAGGGCCACGCUGUGUCUCUUGGUAUCUCUGUGGCCGCUGUUAUUUUUAACUGUGGGAGCUGGUUUUGGGAGGAGAGGGAGAGAGCGAACAGAUCUAGAGGUCAGCGAGGGCUUCAGAUUACUGGAAGCUAGCUCGCCUAAUCCUUCCGCCUCACUGCUCCCUGCUGCCCGGCCAUGCAACGUGUCACUUCCUGUCAGAGUCAAAGAUCCCACUGUAGCCUGUAGCCACACACGCACACAAGCCACCCUUGUGUGUGUGUGUGUGUGUGUCUGUGUGUGGCUUGGUGUAGCGUUUUAAUGUGUGUGUGCGGGGUGUAUGUGUGUGUGUGUGUGUGUGUCACACAGUAGGUGAGAGUCUCUGCAUGGACAGGACUCCGAGUCGACCUUAACCACAGGGGCUCGUCUCUACCCAGGGGGCAGUGCGGCGGCGUCGGAGCGCCCAGGCAGUCCUCAGCGGAGAGCGGGUGGAGCAGAUGACCAGGACCUACGAUGACAUCGACGUGGUCACGCACCUGCUGGGCGAGCGCGACCGGGACCUGGAGCUGGCGGCGCGGAUCGGUCAGUCCCUGCUCCAGAGGAACCAGCUGCUCCAGGAGCGCAACGAUUCCCUGGAGGAGCAGCUAGCGCAGGCCCUGGACCAGGCGCACCAGCUGCAGCACGAGCUGGGCCAGAAGGAGGAGCUGCUGCGCAUGGUGGCCAGCGGGGAGGAGGAGAGCGACACCGACUCCAGCUGCUCCACGCCGCUGCGCCCCCGCCAGCCACCGGGGGGCGCCCCGGUGCUCAGCCAGCUGGAGAGCCUGCAGGGGAAGCUGUCCGAGCUGGAGGAGGAGAACAUGACCCUGCGCUCUGAGGCGUGUCACCUGAAGAACGAGACCGUCACAUACGAGGAGAAGGAGCAGCAGCUGGUCAGCGACUGUGUCAGGGAGCUCCGCGAGUCCAACAGUCAGAUGGUGGGCCUGUCGGACGAGCUGUCCAAGAAGAACGAGGAGGUGCUGAGGCACCAGGAGGAGAUCUCUGGCCUGCUCUCCCAGAUGGUGGACCUGCAGCACCGCGUCAAAGAGUUGGCUCUGGAGAAGGAGGAGCUGAGGAUUCACCUGCAGGCCUCCAAAGAUGCCCAGAGACAGCUGACUGCUGAGCUGAACGAGCUGGCUGACAGGAAUGCAGAGUGUGUGGGCAUGCUGCAGGAGGCCCAGGAGGAGAUCAGGGAGCUGCGGAACAAGAACACCCCCGCUGCAGGCCUGCGCAGACACCUGCCCUACGGCCUCUUCCCCAUGGACUCUCUGGCUGCGGAGAUCGAGGGCACCAUGAGGAGAGAGAUGAGCGUGGAGGAGGAGACUGCUUUUCAGGACCAGAAGGUCUCCCAGAAGCGCGUGUUUAAGACCGUGCGCUCCGUCAACGAGUCCGUGGAGCGUCUGGCGGGGAUGGCCACGCCCCCCAUCCCAGGCUCUGGACGCAGCUGCCUGGUGAUGACCGCCCAGCCCUUCCAGUCCAGCCAAGCGCAAGACGGCGACCGGGAGGAGGUGAGGCUCGGCCAACCUGGCGCCCCGGGGGGGAACGACCUCGUGUCCGCCCUGCACCGCCUGUCCCUGCGCAGGCAGAACUUCCUCUGCGAGCGCCAGUUCUUCCAAUCGGAGCGGGACAGGAAGUUGCAGGCCACGGGGGCGGAGUCGGACGCGGAGGGCAGCGGCUGCAGCUCUCCGAUGGGCAGCUUCGUGUCCUCCUUCACCAACCUGUCCGAGUUCUCCGUGUCCUCCAGCUGUUUCAAGACCUUCCUGCCGGAGAAGCUGCAGAUCGUCAAACCUAUGGAGGGCUCCCUGACGCUGCACCACUGGCAGCAGCUGGCCAAGCCCCACCUGGGCACCAUCCUGGACCCCCACCCUGGCGUGGUCACCAAGGGCUUCCGCCCGCUGGCCCAGGACGCCGAGUACCGCCUGACCGACCUGGAGGAGGACGAGGAGGACGAGGAUAAGAAGGAGGAGCCCUGGGAGGAGGAGGAGGAGGAGAAGGGAGAGGAGGAGGAGGAGGAAGGAGGGAUCACCUUCAGAGUGCAGAGUUCCUCCACGCCGGAGGAGAGGCGGGAGAGAAAGCGUUCUCUCUCCCCUGUCCCCGCCCCUCCCCUGACCCCGCCCCUGGCUCCUCCUCCUCCCCCGCCGGCCUGCCUCAGCCUCCCCACCUCUGACCUCACCGUGACCCCUGCCGACAUCAUCAGGACCUCCACCGCCCUCUCGCCCUCUCAGUGCGUGCCCGCAACCACCCUUGCCUGCGUCCAGUCACAGAGUUUGAUGACCACGUCGAUGACGACGACGACGACGUACUCGGGUCAACACCCGGGGAAGUGCCAGAGCUCCACAUCCUCCACCUACACGUUCACCACCUGUCGCAUCCUGCACCCCACUGACAUCACCCAGGUCACCUCCAGCUCCCACUGUCAGCCCUCGUUGUUGGACCACACCCCCAGCUCCCUGAGGACCGGCCCCAGCACCCCGGUGACCCCCUGCAGGCUGAGCCUGGUCGAGUCCUUCCCCCCUUGCCGCCCCCCCGCCGCCCCCCCCGGCGGCCUGGCCAAGCUUGUGCUGGAGAAAGGCAUCUCCGCCGCCGACGCCCCCCGAGCCCCAGCCGGCUCCGCCCCCCCCCGACCCUCUCUCCCCCCCCCGUGCCCGCUGCCCGGCACCCCUCCCAACUCGCCCUCCCACUCCCCCCCGCGCUCCCCCGUGCCCUUCCGGCCCCGCCCCGUCCCCGCCGACAACUUCCUGGCGUCCCGCCCGGCGGAGCUCUUCCUCCAGGACGUGUACGGCCUGCGGCUGGGCCGCGCCCCUCGCCCCCACCUGCCCAGCCCCUCCGCCGCCCCGCCCGCCCUCGGCCACGCCGCCGACACGCCCGGGGCCAGGCCUGACCCCAUCAACCUGGUGGAGAGGCUGCGCCGCCUGGGAUUGGUCAAGGUGCUCCGGGGGAGGGCGCCGGAAGGCCCGCCCCGCCAGGACUCGUCCACCUUCGUGGCGGCCGGCGGGGGCAGCCUGCUGGACGGCCUGAGGAGGAACCAGAGCCUCCCAGUCCUGAUCGGAGGGCGGGGGGCGUCCGUCGGCAGCCCCACCCAAUCAGGGCCGCCGCCGGCACACCCCACCUCCCUCGCCAUCCCCCCGCCCACCUGGGGCAGCCUGAGGGAGCCUCGCUCUGUCCGCCGGCCAGCCUCCCUCUCCCACGUCCCGCCCACGUCGCCCGACCCGCUCAAACGCUGACGAGGACGGGGUGAGACUGAACAGUCAUCACCAGCCCUCCCUCUUCUUUCAGACUGAUGGGUGGAGGAGAUGAGGAGCUUUAAACGACCUUGUUUCUUUUUUGGAAAGCACAACAUGGGUGGACUUGAGGUUUGCAUCGAUGCCAGGGUGUGUGUAAUGUACACGUGUGUGUGUGUGUGAAGACUUUGACAAAGCCUUAGCUUGCCUGUUAAUGGGUAACUCUACUGUUCCCAACGCCCCUGUCCCCUGGGAGGGUGGAGCCCUCUCCCUGUCGCUCUAGCCUGGGGUUCACUGAGGCUCUGGAAGCUCUGGAGGCACAUGAGAUGGAGGGAGGAGAAAGGAUCAAAGCAAGUGGAAGAAGGUUUGAGAAAGGAAGAAUUGGAGUGAGAGUAGAAGGGGAGGAGGACAGUCACGGCAGGUGUGUUAUUCCAGGAAGAGAGACGGAGGGAGAGGGGGAGAGAGAGAGAGAGAGAGAGCAUCCAGAGCCUCACCACUUUAAGGGCUUAUCCUCUGUGCCGAAUAGAAGCUCGUUUUGGAGCCGAUCUAAGCCCCUACUCUCCAUCAGCCUGUCCAGACCUGAUCUGAUUGGUGGAUACACUGGGGGUGUUGGCCCUAACUCACCCCUCUGAUUUGACUGACUUAUAAGUGCUUCCACAUUGUGCACACCCAUCCAAUCCAGUUGGAUCUCCCCAAGUGCAUUUUGAGGGUUGGUCUUAGAUGGGGAUCUUGGAGCGUCCUGUAGUUGUUAGCUAGCAUCAGUAAUUGUCUGUUAUCUCCAACCUACUGUAGGAACCAGGCUGGUACCCAAGAUUUGGUGAACCCUUUGCUUUGCUGUUGUCAAGUGACUUUGCAAUAACCCCCCCCCCCCCCCCCUACCAUGAGUGUCCCCCGUGGCAUGUUCGAAACUGCCUGCUUCUUGCCUACAGGUCCCAGCAUGCACCUGCAUCCUCUGCCAGGAAGUGGGGCCAUGCUGAAUGCGAAGCGGGGGGAAUGAAACCUGUUGCGACUUAGUUGGGUGUUGUAGUCCUCGUCUGACUUGACAGGUCCUCUCUUUUCCUUCAGGUCUUUUUAAGGAAGUGGUGUUAAGCCUUAAAGGGGAAGCCAGCACUGUUUAUACGGGAUGUUUUUGUCAAGCCAUGUUUGUAUUUGAAAUUACAGGCACUUAGUAGGAUGUGUAAGCUCAUAUGUUGUUUUGGAGGAAGUGCAAGAUGGGAUUUCCCACUGACUUUGGACCUAUCUGUUAAAGGGAAGUGCCACUGUUUUUUCCAUUGCCAGUCAGUCACCUUAUCUCAUGCCCAUGGCAUGUUCAGGUGCAGUCACAUGUGGUCAUAUGCAGUGUCAUCCAGGGGGAACGACCUCUGCUGGCCUCAGUUCUGAUCGUGGGCUCCGUCGUUAUGGGAGGGUCACUUCAAGGGCACGUGUGCUACUCACAGUUGCCACUAGAGGGAGGAGACGGGUUAGAGAUGUGGCUGGAGCAGCAACAAGAUGAAGAGGAAGUUGGGUUCAGGCUAUGCGAGCGACCUUGACCUUCAACCCCGGUUUGACCUCCCUCUCUGAUGCUCUGUGCUGACUGGGCCUUUCCUGUCAUCGACUGCACUUUUUAUUCAUUUACCUAGAUGCCAUUUACUGCUCACACAUAGGUAUGAUAUUACUGACAAAUGUUAC